AUGGUUUGGAAACUUCGUUGGGCUUUUAAGUCAUUUUCCCUUCAUUUAAGGUACCUAGCAGUUUGGCGCCCGAACCACGACUACUCAUUCUCAGUUCGCAAUCUCUGGAACCUUCAAACUCUCAUUUUGAAAGGGGAGGUUUUUGAUUCCAUGGAUCUAAAUAUGGGGAAUAUGGUGGAUCUUAGGCAUUUAUGGAGUGAAAGGACCAUCUCUAUUGAUUCCCGUGUUUAUGUAUUAUGCAACUUGCAGACCAUGUCAAGGGUAAGAUUAGAUGUUGGAGAUCAAACUUUGAUGCGCUCUUUUCCAAAUAUAAAGAAACUUGCAUGUUCUGUUUCUGGGACAUUUAGAGAUCAUGCAUUUCUUAACUUUGCCUUGUUAACUCAUCUUGAAGCAUUGGACGUGGAGUACAUGGAUAAUCCAACACCUCUAAUUCGACUCUUACCUAAGCUUGAGGUUCUCAAGUUACUAGAUUCUUCGUUUAAGGGAAGUCGGUGGGUUACUGGUGAUGAGCAGUUUCGCAAAUUGAAAUUCCUGAAAUUAGAGAAUCUGAACAUCCAAUUGUGGGAAGCCUCUAGCAUGAACUUCCCCCAGCUCAGGAAACUAGAGGUGAGAACAUGCAAAAAUAUUAAGGAAAUUCCACUAGAAAUAGGAGACAUCUCUACACUUAAGCAUAUUGAUUUUGAUGACUCAAACUCUUUGGUACUCAGGUCUGUUAAUGAAAUUCAAGAAAAGCAACGUGAAAUGGGAAACUAUGACAUCCAUGUCAAGUUUGUUGACACUGCUCCACAGGAAGUUUUCUUUGAGGGAGACCCUUAUUAUGAAUAA